GAGGGCGGGGAGGGUGCGCGGCGAACGGACACGAUGGCGGGAGGAGGCGGGAGCAGCGACGGCACCGGGCGGGCGGCAAGCCGGCGGGCGUCCCGCAGCAGCGGGCGGGCUCGGCGGGGGCGGCACGAUCCGGGGCUGGGGGGCGCGGGGGAGGCACGGCUGGAGGAGGCUGUGAACCGCUGGGUGCUCAAGUUCUACUUCUACGAGGCGCUGCGGGCCUUUCGAAGUAGCCGGUACGGGGACUUCAGGCAGAUCCGGGACAUUAUGCAGGCUUUGCUUGUCAGGCCCUUGGGAAAGGAGCACACCGUGUCCCGGCUGCUGCGGGUUAUGCAGUGUCUGUCACGCAUUGAAGAAGGGGAGAAUUUAGACUGUUCCUUUGAUAUGGAGGCUGAGCUCACACCCCUGGAAUCAGCUAUCAAUGUGCUGGAGAUGAUUAAAACGGAAUUUACACUGACAGAGGCAGUGGUGGAAUCCAGUAGAAAACUGGUCAAGGAGGCUGCUGUCAUUAUUUGUAUUAAAAAUAAAGAAUUUGAAAAGGCUUCAAAAAUUUUGAAAAAACAUAUGUCCAAGGACCCCACAACUCAGAAACUGAGAAAUGAUCUCCUGAACAUCAUCCGUGAAAAGAACUUGGCCCACCCUGUUAUCCAGAACUUUUCCUAUGAGACCUUCCAACAGAAGAUGCUGCGCUUCCUGGAGAGUCACCUGGAUGAUGCAGAACCCUACCUCCUCACGAUGGCCAAAAAGGCUUUGAAAUCUGAGUCUUCUGCCUCAGCUACAGUGAAGGAAGAUAAACAGCCAGCACCAGAGCCUGUGGAAAAGCCACCCAGAGAACCUCCGAGGCAGCUACGGAAUACUCCAACCACCUUUGGAAUUAUGACUCUGAAAGCAGCUUUCAAGACUCUGUGCGGUUCACAAGAUUCUGAGGCGAUCUUCUCAAAACUGGACCAGAAAGAUCUGGUACUUCCUACUAAAGCAUCCCUGUCAUCGCCGGCCCUCAAAAACAAGAGACCGAGAAAGGAUGAAAACGAAGGUUCAGCUCCUGCUGAGGGAGAGAGUGGCUCUGAACUGCAGCCCAAGAACAAGCGUAUGACAAUUAGCAGAUUGGUUUUGGAGGAGGAUAGUCAGAGUACUGAGCUGAGCCCAAGCCUCAACUCCUCUCAGGAAAUCAUUCCAGCGUCACCAUCCAUGCCUGCCGUUCUCAACCAACCCCUUCCCAGGGAGAAGAAUCCCAAAUUACCCAAAGGCAAGUGGAACAGUUCUAAUGGGGUUGAAGAAAAAGAGACUUGGGUGGAAGAGGACGAACUGUUUGAUGUUCAGGCUGCACCAGAUGAAGAGAGUACAAGCAGUGUAACAAAAAAGCAGAAGUGGACUGUAGAGGAGAGCGAGUGGAUCAAGGCUGGAGUGCAGAAAUUCGGGGAAGGAAACUGGGCUGCCAUUUCUAAAAAUUACCCAUUUAUUAACCGAACAGCUGUGAUGAUUAAGGAUCGCUGGCGGACCAUGAAAAGACUUGGCAUGAACUGAAACAGCUUUCAUUUACACAGAAUUCACAGGAGCAUGGUUCCUAAUAAUAGCCCCGAUAGUCUGCUUUCUUUCAGAAGUUGGGCUGGGAUGAAAAUUUUGGGCAUCCUCCUCUGACGUGGGGGAGGUCCCAGUUCCACUUCAUCGCUGUUGGAGAUCAUGGAGCUGCAAGCCAAGUAUAUCCCAUGUCCUUGGCAGAGACGACAGGCAGACAGCUUGUACAGUGCCAGAAUAUCAUUAGUAUUUCCCUUCUUCAGUGGUUUGCUUGAAUUCCAAUCCCUGGUAAUCAGUAGGACCUUCUCCUAGGAAACGGUGGAGUCUUUUAGGAACACUUAUGACUCCAUGACCUGUUAAAACCAGCAACGUGAGCAUU